AAUCCCACCAAGUUCUGGCUCAGCUUCUGGAUACCUUGCUGGUGAUCGGGAAGAAACUUCAAGAGAACCCUGCAGUGCGAGGACAUCUCGUAGACGUGGCUUGCAAGCACCUGACCGAUUCCUCGCACGGCGUAAGGAACAAAUGCCUCCUCCUGAUUGGCUGCCUGGGGACAGUGGAGAAAGCUGGCGGCUUGAAGGAAGUGGACCGCCAGUCUCCCAAAGACGUGCAGAAGAUCAUCGGGGAUCACUUUAGCGACCAGGAUCCACGAGUUAGAAGCGCGGCUAUCAAAGCUAUGUUGCAGCUCCAUGAAAGGGGUUUAAAGUUGCAGCAAGCCAUUUAUAACCAGGUAAGGAUUGUGUCCGAUAUCACUUUAGCAAAGGGUUCUAACAUUUGAUGAAGGCGAGAGAAAUAGUAAGGGAAUCUGAUUUGGUUAGGUUUUGGUCUAGUGCUUAAGGCAACAGAUUAGAAAGCAGGAGACGGUGAGUUCUAGUCUCGCCUUAGGCCAUGAAAACCAAUUGGUUGACUUUGGGCCAAUCACC